AUGACGCCGGAGGUCGCCAGUGGGGAGCGGCCAAGGCCGGAGUCAGACGUCUGGUCGCUCGGGUGCACGAUCAUCGAGGAUGACGACCGGAGUGCAGCCAUGGCCAGACUGGAGACCACUGCAGAAGCGAUGUUUCGUAUUGGUUAUGGCAACGAGCUGCCGGAAUUCCCGCCCCUGCUAUCGGAGGUCGCCCGUGAUUUUCUCGACGAGUGCUUGGGAUGGAACGCAAGCGAGCGAUGGACUGCAGAGCAGUUAUUGCAGCACCCUUUCCAAGACGAAGCGGAAACCCCCAUGGCGGAGACUCCGAUUCUCGAAUGGGCAAACUUAGAAUUCCACGAUAUCGCCGAUGACGGAGAAAGUUGCAGUUUUGGCCUGGGAAAGGAGGCUUAA